AUGUUUGUGUUUUGUGAACUGUGCCACGAACAGCGAACAACGGGCGAGCUAGAAUUCUACAUAACAACUUGUAGCCAUAUAUUUUGUCGUAAAUGUUCAUCAAUCGCGAAGGAGUGUCCGAUUUGUGCGAAACCGUGCCGAACUACACUAAUGAAUAAGGACUUGCCGUUGAAAGUAAAGGAGUGCUUCAUGAACCAGGAAGACCAACUGGGUAAAAUAGGAAAAAUUUAUCAAUUCCAAAACAGCAAAAUGGAUCACUUUAUAGAGGCCAACUGGAGUGUAUUCAAGGAGUACGAAUCAAGAAAACAGCGCUUUCAGAAGCUGGAGAAGAUGUAUGAAGCAUAUAAAAAAGGAAUCGAUGAGGAACAGAAUCUUAUCAUUCAGUUGCAACAAAAGCAAAAGGAAAACGUAAACCACGGUAACGUAACAAACUUUGAAGAUAACGCCAAAGAAGAUUUCUUUUAA